UUGAUUGUAAGUUUCUUUGUGUUGCUUGCAUCUAAUAGUUGAACAUUUUAUUUCAAAAUUAUGUUUUAGUAUGCCUAAUUUUCAGUUUGUUAUAUUUUUGUAAAAACUGUAAAUUUGGAUGCACCACCUUUGUGCCACCGAUCCUGAUGGAAAUAUCCUAAUAAUUAAUAUUAAUAAAUUGAUUUCACUACGGUCGAUUAGCCUCGACUAGCCUCGCGACUCAACGGUCGCGCCCUCGUCGUCGUAGUCAAAAAACAAUGGUACAGCUAUGCCAUGAUGCCAUGGUACCACGAUGAUUCAUACAGAAUCCAAUAAAAUUUGUUCAGUUUAUAGAAAAAUUCUUCUCUAAAUGUGAAUGGAAGAGUUUGAAAUUGUAACAACCCUUGGGCGGGGAACUGGUGGCGCUGUUUUCCUUGUUAAAAGUAAAGCACAAAAUAGGAUUAUUGUGAUGGUGGGACAUUGGAAGAUGUAUGCCAACAGACUAAAGAGAAACAAAACAGUUUAGCAGAAGAUAAAAUAAUGCAUUACUUUGUGCAAGUAGUGUUAGCAGUGCAGUAUAUACACUCUCAGAAAAUUCUUCACAGAGACCUGAAGACACAAAAUGUGUUUGUUACUAAAAUGGGAUUAGUAAAAUUAGGUGAUUUUGGAAUUGCAAAAUCUUUAGACCAAACCUUAGACAAAGCUAGCACAUGUGUUGGAACGCCUUGCUACCUUAGUCCUGAACUGUGUCAGGAUAUUCCAUACAACAGUAAAUCUGAUGUUUGGGCCCUUGGUUGUUUGCUAUAUGAGAUGUGUGCAUUUCAACCUGCCUUCGACGCCAGCAACCUCAUCAGUUUGUUCUAUAAGAUUGUAAAGUGUGAGCAUUCCGAAAUACCAGAAGAAUAUUCAGAACAACUGGUAACACUCGUCAACUCCAUACUAAUCAAAGACCCUGAUAAACGACCAAGUGCCAACACAUUGCUGUCUUCUCCAUUUAUGCAACAACAUUUGGCGGCGUUUAUUGACGGUACUGAACAGGUUCGUAAUCAAAUACAACGUGCAAAACAAGAAGAUACAAAAAGAAAUGUUGACCAGAAUACAACUGAGAUUCCAAAAACACCAGUUGAGCCAAGAGAAUCAGGGGAAUAUUCAGAUGACUUUAGUAGCAGUGAGGAAGAUGAUGAUGAGGAUAAUGAAAUAGAAGAAAUAUUUGAUGAAUCAAUAGAAUCCUCUUCUGAUGUCAGAAAUUGUAAUAAUAAUCACCAUGGCAAUUCGAAAACUCCUGAUGAUGAUGAUGAAGUUGUAGAAUAUGCUGAUGACUUUGAAGAAGACUCUGAUGUGGAUCUGGAUGAUGUACUGUGCCAUGCUAAAACAGCAGUAGGAAUAAAAGCAAGCCAACAAUCUUUCCAUAAUGAAGACGACGAUGAAGAUGAUGAAUGUUGUCAGGAGAGGCCUGUCUCCAGUUGCCGAAAUUUUAUUAAAGAGCAGUGCAUUGAAAAUUUAGGAGGAGUUGAAGUUUACGAAAAGUGGAAAAAAACAUGUGGAGAUCUGAAACCAGAUGAGAAUAUGCAUUCCAGCGCAAGUUUAGAAUUUGAGCACUUCGUUGGCAUUGGACAAAGAGAGACGUGCUAUCUCCUGUCAGAAUUGAUGACAGCAAGCAAUAACUCGGAAGACUGAAAUUGCUCGUUAAUGGUCGACAUGAUAUAGAAUCGGCCGGCAACAUUCCAUCCAUUUGCGGAGACUGUAAUCAUACUGUAUAUAGUCUGACACAAUCUCUAAAUGUCUGGUAAAGGCUGUAUCGCUUUGAAUGACAAAACAACAGCAGGAUUCUGGAUUUCAUUUUACAUGAUAGGCAUCGAUUGAAUUAGCAUGGUAAAUGUCAUUGUUUUGAAAAUACAAGACUACCAUACACUACUUCUAAUCUUUCAGCUAUGCUACAAGUCUUCCAGAACUGGUCCAUCGGUUUAUAAGCCAGCUUUAUAAAUCAGUCCAUUUUUUUUAUGAUGCGAUGUGGGAGACAGAUUUAUAACUUCACUAUAUUCAAUGCAAUGUCUGAAAAGAACAUUUAUAAAAUUGUUAAACAAGUAAUUCAUCUUGAAUGAGGAAUGUUUUUUGUUUAGUCAGGCAGACAGAUUGUAAGGCGAUAUAACAAAGCUGGUAUGAUUACCGACAUACAUUUUAUAUCAACCAUUGCGGAUACAGUAUAUUGCCGUAAUACAACGCUUUUCUGUAUGACUAAUGCUUUGUUACUGACACAAAAAAAAAAAUGAAUGAAAAAACAAGGCAAAAAAAAUUCCAGAUACAAGAUCAUUUAUUUGUCUUGGCAGUAAAUAUUGAUGUAAAUAUAUUGUAAUUGUUAAAGUUAUAUAAAAAUAUUUUUUGUAAACUGUUGCUGCAUCAUAACACUGUAAUCAAAUAUUGGUUGAAAUAGUGCUCAAAUAUAGGAACAAAUAAUGUAACACAGAUCCUAAACUAACAUUUCCUUUUUUUUUUUUUUUUUUUUUAAAUGCUUCCGACAUGCAUUGCACCUUCAUGCUACAAUAAUACACAUUGUAAACGUUUCCAAAAUAUUUUUGACAAAAUUCAAAUAUGUGACUUGGCCAUAAAAUAAAAAAUACACCUACUUAGUUUAUUAAUACUGAAAUGUCAGGAACUAACUGAUGCUUUGCAAUUAACUCCGUCCGUGAAUAACCGUCCAUGAAUAGCCGUCCGUGAUAGCCAUUCAUUUUUUGUUAAUGUUUGUGACAGAGUGUCAGAAUCAUCAAGUGUAUGUACAUAAAUAUUUUUAAUGAAGAAAUUCAUCAGGAUUUCAUUUCUAACUUUUUAAAAGAAAUGAUUUAACAUUUUAAUUAUAAAUAUUUUUAUAAAGAUUUUUAUUUCAUGUUGUAUAAACACUAACAACUGUUCUGUUUAGUAGUCAUAAACAGCUUUAAGGAAGCAAUUUCCAUAUGUUGGAACGUAUUUGCAAUUCUCCAAUAAAGAGUCCAAGUUCUUAGACAGGGAGUCUAAACGCACCUCAGCCCGACCUUGGUUGAGGCUGAGGUCAGCAAAAUAUAAAAUAUCUGCAUCUCUAGAUGCUGGAAAUAGCACUCUAAAACUAAAAUUAAUGCUCCUAAAAAAGUCCUAAUUUGAGGAAAAAUUAUUUAUUCUCGACAAAUUAUACAUGGUCGUUGAUGUUUAGUCUCGUCAGAAGAUAUAUAUAUAUAUAUAUAUAUAGUAAUGUUGUCUGCAAAAUAUGGAGCAGAUUUUUGUUUACUUUCCUUGAAGAAAUACACAAUAUUUGUGGAAAAUGCAAAGUACUACUGUGCAUUUCCCAUGGCAAGAGAUAAAGCACUAUUUUUUAUUGUCUGGAAAAUACAUAAAUACUUCAUCGGAAAAAAAAAUCAUGAUGUUUCUCUCUUGGCAUUGUCCAACUGCUCAGCUGUUCAGACGCCCUUAAUGCCCUUUAUCAUCGUUAAUGAGUUGAGCCAGGUUUUAACUUGUGUAAUUUUUUGUGCCGUAUUUCUUGGUUCAUUAUUUUGGAAAUCCCUCAGUUUUUAGCCGAUGUCUUUUAAGCCUGAAUUAAAUUCAUGAUGGUUGGUUAUUUAUACUGCAAGAUAAAAUGGUGACUAGACUUGCGUUUUCUACUUAGAAUGCAAAUGAAGUCAAAGAAUUUUUAUAGCAGGAGAAUGAGUUCUUCGCGCAUCAGCAUUAAAAUUGAUGUAACGUCCACCCUCCCACGAGCGGAGUAAAUAUUUGAUCAUAUGACGGAGUUGAGCCACUACAGGAAACAAAGGAACCCUGAGCCCACCUUCACUAUGGAAAUAUAUAACGCCGCCACGCGAAUUAAGUAAAGUUGGCCUCUGUGGACCCAUCCUCCUCAAUUCAUUUAGACCAGAAGUUCCACUAUAUUGCGAACUGGUCCAUCUUCUAUUAUCUUUGAUGAAAUGAAUAAAUAGCUAUUACAAUGCUUUCCAUAGCUCUUUCAUGCUAGCAGCAACUUCAUGCUGGUAAGGUUCUAUUAACAUGCUUUAUUUUGAUUUGACCAAUAUUGUGGCUAUAGCUUUUUCAGUGCUCUCUAUAGCUAUUUUAUGCUAUUACUACUGUAGCAGCUUUCUAUAGCUAUUUCAAUGCUUUCCAUAACUACUUCAUGCUGGUAAAUUACUAUUCACAUGCUUUCUAUUGAUUUGACAAAUAUUGUGGCUAUAUUUCAAUGCUUUCUACAGUAUAGCUACAUGCUAUCUAAUACUAGCAGCCUUCUAUAACUAUUUCAAUUUUUCUAAAGCAUUUUGAUUUUCAGUGCUUUCUAAAGCAAUUUCAAUGUUUUCGAGCAAUAUUAUUGAUAUGUGAGCCAGUGAAAUUUUGUGUCUUUGGAAAAAUAAGAGAUUUGUAAGAUUAAUAGAAUCUGGUGGACAAGAUUCUGUGUUUCUUUCUGGUGGAGCUAGCUUUGAAAAACAUGCUUCUUAUGUGUAAAAAUAUUUGGAUGGAAAGCAGUUGUCUAAAUUAGGCUUGUAAUUUUCUUAUUGCAGUAUUUAUAAAUUUGCUACUUAUUAUAUUUACACUUAAUCAUUCCAUAGGUACUGAACUUCAUACUAAUAUUUAAUAAAAUAUUUGUUGAUUAGCAAUUAUUGUAGUUAAAAUGUUGCCCAAGAUAUCCAAUGGUCUAACAAACAGGAACAUGGUAGUUCGCUGUGACACUUGUCAAAACAAAAUGUUAUCAGGUUUGGAAUUGAAAUAUUUUGAAGAAUGUCUUGAAAGAAUUUAUUUCAGACUUUUUUGGCAGCAGCAUGAUAUCCCUCAAUUAUGAAUCCAAAACUCACUGUAAUAAAUAAUAAUAAUAAUAAUAAUAAUAAUCAUAAUAAUAAUAAUAAUAAUAUCCUGGAUUUAUAGAGCGCCUAAUGUCAUGAAACCUCUAAGCGCGGUAUUAUAUUUUUUUGUCAUGUUUUAUUAUUUGUACUUGGCCAAUUAUACAAUACACCAUAUCCGUUAAAACUUUUUAGCAUGUUUGGCAUUUGACAAAUUAUAAUAAAUAUUUUAGCUGCAUGAAUGCUUGUAUUGGUUGACCUGUUGAAAUGUCUGUGAUGUAGUGUCAUUGUUUACUGAAAGUGCAGCUUCAAUGAAUUAAAACAAAAAUAAAAGGUUCAACAGUAGUAAUAGUAGUAGUAGUAGUAUUUAUGGAUUCCAUUCUAAAACAUAUGGGAUAAAAUAAUCUUACAUUUAUUAAAUCAUUUCCUUUAAACCUUAUUUACCUCGAAAUAGAGGUAUUUAAAGAGAAAUUGUAGUGCCGGUCUUUAAGAGGGAUUCAAAUUACAGACUGCUAAAGACCACUAAAACCCCCAUCUCAAAAGUGGUUUUUAAUUGGAGGGAGACCUAAUACUGUGAAUGUUAAAAAUCACCUUAGAAAAAUGUGACAUCAUUAGGUUCUUUUGUUAGAGAUAAUAAAAAAUGAUAAAAUUAUCAUUUUCAUUUAAGUUACCUUUGUUUGGGUAUUUCUUCAUUUGACCUCUUCUUAGCACUCUUGAUCUUCAAGUUGUCCUGGAACCAAACAAAAUUUGUACAGAAUUUUAGUCCCUCUAUAGAGACAAAACCAUCCAACUGAGUCACUCGGAGACAUCCGAGGUGCCAGUAAAUUGACUAAAAAUAAUGUUAUUUUUUCUCUUUAGGAAAUUUAUUUGAUACACAUUAAUGUACAAUAAACCUUCAAUCUGAAAUUAUGGGUAUAGCAUUUUGUUUUUAAUGAUUAGUAAACUAGAAUCUACUUUUGUUUGGGAGUAACUUUUAACACCAUUUGGUGCUUAGUGUUUGAUUGUUGUGUGGAAUGUUUAAUGAAAAUACCUGUAGGUCAAGUGAUAAGUUAAGACUGGCUUUAUGAAUGAAUAAAUCGCCCUAUUUUCAAAACCAAACUAGUGGCUCGCAUAAAAGUUACAGAAAAAACUACUAAUGAAACAGCAUGUAUCAUACUUUUUGCAUCUCGUACAACAAUCCGAACUUCUUCAUCAUUUCCAGGAAUACCUCAAAGUUCCUGACAUCUUUUUGCAAUAUCUUGUCUUCACAGAUGACCUAACAAUUUUUCUUUUAAGAUUCAACCAUUAUCAAGCUUGUACCAUAAGGACAUCGGUCUAGGCAUAAAAUAGAUAAAAAAAGAAAAGGAUGUAUCACCCUAUUUUUAAACAGACGUUUAAAAGUACACCACAAAUAUCUCAAUGUAAAUUUGUUUAUAGCCUGUUUCCCACAUAAAGAGUUACAGAAAACUACAAAUGAAACGCAUAAGUAUAUCUUACUUUUUGCAUCUUGUGCAACAAUCCGAACAUCUUCAUCAGUUCUAGGAAUAACUCAAAGCUUCUGGCAUCUAUUGCAAUAUCUUGUCUUCACAGAUGACCUAACAAUUAUUCCUCUAGGAUUCCUCCAUUAUCAUGCUUGUACCAUAAGGACAUCAGUCUAGGUAACCAGAUAGAAAAGGAUGUAUCGCCCUAUUUUAAACAGACGUUUAAAAGUACACCACAAAUAUCUCAAUGUAAAUUUUUUUAUAGCCAGUAUUUCCUACAUAAAGAGUUACAGAAAAACUACAAAUGAAACGGCAUAUAUCUUAUUUUUGCAUCUCGUACAACAGUCCGAACAUCUUCAUAAGUUCCAGGAAUAACUCAAAGCUUCUGGCAUCUAUUGCAAUGUCUUGUCUUCACAGAUGACCUAAAAAUUUUUCUUCUAGGAUUCUUCCAUUAUCAUGCUUGUCAAAUUAGGACAUCAGUCUAGGAAACCAAAUAAAAAAAAAAAAAAAGGGAUGUAUUGCCCUAUUUUUAAACAGACGUUUAAAAGUACACCACAAAUAUCUCAAUGUAAAUUUUUUUAUAGCCAGUAUUUCCUACAUAAAGAGUUACAGAAAAACUACAAAUGAAACGGCAUAUAUCUUAUUUUUGCAUCUCGUACAACAGUCCGAACAUCUUCAUAAGUUCCAGGAAUAACUCAAAGCUUCUGGCAUCUAUUGCAAUGUCUUGUCUUCACAGAUGACCUAAAAAUUUUUCUUCUAGGAUUCUUCCAUUAUCAUGCUUGUCCCAUUAGGACAUCAGUCUAGGAAACCAAAUAAAAAAAAAAAAAAAAGGGAUGUAUCGCCCUAUUUUUAAACAGACGUUUAAAAGUACACCACAAAUAUCUCAAUGUAAAUUUGUUUAUAGCCAGUUUCCCACAUAAAGAGUUACAGAAAAACUACAAAUGAAAUGGCAUAUAUCUUACAUUUUGCAUCUCGUUCAACAGUCCGAACAUCUUCAUCAGUUCCAGGAAUAACUCAAAGCUUCUGGCAUCUAUUGCAAUAUCUUGUCUUCACAGAUGACCUAACAAUUAUUCCUCUAGGAUUCCUCCAUUAUCAUGCUUGUACCAUAAAGACAUCAGUCUAGGUAACUAGAUAAAAAGAAAAGGAUGAAUCGUCCCUAUUUUUAAACAGACGUUUAAAAGUACACCACAAAUAUCUCAAUGUAAAUUUUUUUAUAGCCAGUUUUCCACAUAAAGUGUUACAGAAAACUACAAAUGAAACGGCAUAUUUCUUACAUUUUACAUCUCGUACAACAGUCCAAACAUCU